AUGGGUGUCAUUUACUACCUCCUUCACCCCAACCAGCUUCGCUCCAUCAUCCAAUGGAAGGUCUGGCACGACCCCGUCCACCACCGCGAUCCCUCAAAGGAAGACCCUACGCUGAAGUCGUGCUUCGAAUUCCUCAACAAGACGAGCCGUAGUUUCUCCGCCGUCAUUCAGGAGCUGAACCCCGAACUCCUGGUUCCCGUUUGCCUGUUCUACCUUGUGCUGCGCGGCCUCGACACCAUCGAAGAUGAUAUGACAUUGGAUAUCAAGGAGAAGGAGCCUCUGCUGCGCCAGUUUGACAAGUACAUGGAGACGGAUGGCUGGACUUUCACCAAGAACGGUCCUAACGAGAAGGACCGCGAGCUCCUGGUGCACUUUGACGAUGUCGUAACUGAGCUGAAGAAGAUCAAGAAGCCCUACUACGAGAUCAUCAAGGAUAUCACGAUCAAGAUGGGUAACGGCAUGGCCGAUUACGCUCUCAACGCCGAGCACAACGAGAACGGUGUUGCGACCAUCAAGGAGUACGAGCUUUACUGCCACUACGUUGCCGGUCUCGUCGGUGACGGCCUGACCCGCCUCUUCGUCGAGGGCAACAUGGCCAACCCCAAGCUUCUCGAGCGCCCCGCGCUCACCGAGUCCAUGGGACAGUUCCUCCAAAAGACCAACAUCAUUCGCGACGUCCACGAGGACUACCUCGACAAGCGCCGUUUCUGGCCCAAGGAGAUCUGGAGCAAGCACGUCGACACCUGGGACGAUCUCUUCAAGCCCGAGAACCUGCCCAAGGCUCUCGAGUGCAGCUCCGAGAUGGUUCUGAAUGCUCUCAAGCACACUGAGGAGUGCCUGUUCUACAUGGCUGGUAUCAAGGAUCAGAGUGUCUUCAACUUCGUCGCUAUCCCCCAGAGCAUGGCUAUUGCGACGUUGGAGCUCGUCUUUCGUAACCCUGCCAUCUUCAGCAGCCACAUCAAGAUCACCAAGGGCGACGCAUGCUACCUCAUGACCAAGUCAACACAGAACCUCCAAAUUGUGUGUGAGGUUUUCAGAGACUACACCCGUCGAAUACACAAGAAGAACGACCCGCGCGACCCCAACUACGUGCAGAUUAGCGUGCAGUGCGGCAAGAUUGAACAAUUCAUCGACUCUCUGUUCCCGAGACAGGACCCCAAGCUGCUCGGAGAUGCGGCGAAACAGAAAGAGCGGGGCCAACCGGGUAUGGAUGCAGGCGAGGCCUUCGUAUUGGGCGGCAUGGUUCUGUUGACCCUCUUUUUCGUAUCUGGUCUUAUGAUUGGAACUGCCUGGUUCUUUGGUGCACGCUUCGACUCGUUGUGGAAGACGGAUAGCAUUUACUGGCCUGGCAGCGAGACCGGCGCGGCGACGCCGAUCGAGCACAAGGAGCUGUAA